CUCACAUCUCCCGACUCUUUUCAUUGGUAUGCAACAUCUUCAAGCCAAAAAUCUUCUGUCUGCUGAAGAAUACCUGUUGACAAGCUCUCAAAUUUGUGAGAAUGAUCCAUUGGUAUUAAACGAAUUGGGUGUACUUUAUUUUCAAAAGCUCAAGUAUGCUCAAUCAGUCGACUUCUUUAAGAAGGCACAUACGGUAGCAGAGGAAACAAAAUGUCGGCCACAAGUAUGGGAAACAAUCUGGAUUAACCUUGGCCAUGCUUUCAGGCAGUUGGGCGAGCUGGAUAUUGCUGAGUCAUAUUUUCAACAAGUGGUGUCUAUGUCACCACCCAAUUCGGAUGCGUUAACUGCAUUAGGAUAUAUUUAUCAUGUGAAGGAAGAGUUUGAAGAGGCGAUCAUGUAUUAUCAUGAGGCAUUGGGUAUAUGUCCUUACGAUCCGAUAACGCAUGAUCUCCUGAGUGCAUGCCUUAGAGAAAUGGUCCAUGGUUAA